GGAGCUAAAGGUCCCUUUGCUUGGGAAAGGUUUAUUGUCCUGCGGGUGUUAAAUAUUUAUAUUCUUAAAGCAUGUCUCUUCAGACGAGACUUGAAGCGACUACGUAGUCCGACACGACGGACGAAGUUGAAGCGGAACCGUUAACAUCAACAAAAGGAGGCGGUGGGUUUAAGCGAGAAACACCGGAAACACCCAUUGAAAGAGCAGGAAUCUCGAGUUUCUUCACCAAAGUACUGCGUUAUUUUAAUUUUAUUCUAUAUCUAUCAAAUUCAGUUGAAUUAAGACCUUAAAACCAACCCGGCUCCAGUUCUUUUGAGUAGAAACGUUAAGUAAAAAUGCUUAUUAAAGUAAAGACACUUACAGGAAAAGAGAUAGAGAUUGAUAUAGAGCCCACAGAUAAGGUGGAGCGGAUUAAAGAGAGGGUGGAGGAGAAAGAAGGGAUCCCUCCGCAGCAGCAGAGGUUGAUCUACAGCGGGAAACAGAUGAACGAUGAGAAAACAGCAGCAGACUAUAAAAUCCAGGGAGGUUCUGUUCUUCAUCUGGUGCUUGCUCUACGUGGGGGACAGACCCAUGGCUUUCCCUGAAGUCUGUGCUCUGGCCCGCCUUUGUAGCCAUCACUAUUAAACAUGCCUUUACAUUUGCGAUGCCCACUGGAAGCAGAUACACCAAAGACAAACAGCCUUACGGUUAUGUAGUCAUCAGGUGGUGCAGGCAACACAGACAUGUUGGUAGAGUUAAAUCAAGUUCUGUUUGUGGCAGCCACUUUUUUACAGCCAAGAAUAUGAUGGCUUGAAACUCCCCCAACUGUAAGCACUAAAGAUACCACAGCAGCAAAGUUAAAGAUAAUUUAAGAGAGGUUAACAAGAAAAAAGCUAAUCUUUUUUUUUGGAAAUUGCUCAAGUUUUUAAAAAAUCCAUACAAAUGACCUGAGGAAACUGGCUCGAUGACAAAUUAUUGAAGGAGGAGCAUCCAUGUAUCUCAAUUUGAGUUUUUUCUUGUGGCUUACAUUGGUCUUUAAAGACUGCUUGUUAAGAUUAUAUCUAGUUUGUUUAACUGAAUGAAAAACAAAGUUUAAAUGACAAUUUAAGGCUUUGCACAUAGCUUUUGAUUGACCAAAUGUUGGGUAGUUAUCAAACAGCCAGAGAGGAAGCCAAGAAAUACUGCCCCACAUAACAUAAAUACCACAGCAACAAAAAGACAUGCCUUUUACCCAUUGUUUACGCUAUUAUUUUCCGUUAUAAAAAUUGCCAGCAAACUCCAGCACAAACAUGAUUCAGGACUGAGAUUAUGUUGAAGUGUUUUGCAAUGUCAGGGUUCUCAUGCAUCCUGGUAAACCUGGAAAACAGUUGACAGAAUUUCCAGUCAAAGGACACAUGGAAAAUCAGAGAAAAAGCAAAAUGUCCAGUAAAAUCUUGUGGAAAAUUAUGUGAACAUUGUCCUGAUUUCAUAUCAUCAGAGUUCCCCUAAAGAGAUGGUCUUUAUUUAUAAAGGGCUUAGUUAUGUUAGAUAUCGUAACGAAUACUGUUGUAGUUCGUGGACAAUAGUAUUGAAAUACCCCUAAGUCACAUAAUUUAACAUACAUUACUCUAGAAAGAAAUACUGUUGAGGAAUACAGAGUAUCAAAAUGAAGCUCAACAUAGAACACCAGUAAAAUCCGAUUUUAGACAGACUGGGAAAAAGAAGUUUUAAAUGCCACAUAUUUAUUUUAACAUACCUAAAUCAAGUUCUGUUCUCCUGCAGGUGCACUUUAAUUUUCUAGAAUUAAUUCAUCAUCAUUUAUAAGCCUUAAGGAAUUUGAAAAGAGAGGGAACCCUGAAUUUAGACCACGUCUAGAAGCUCACUUGCCAUUUUUGAUGGGCCCAUUUCUCAUACAGUGUAUGUUUUGUUUUUUCUGUUUUGUACUUCUUUUUAGUAGUUGUUCAUUAAAUUAACGGCUGGCAUAACUUCAGAACGCAUAUUACUGAACAGUAUUUAAACAUUUUGAAACAGUUAAUCUGUUUUUUUGCUAGCUUUUUACCGAGCUAGGCUUGCUAUUAGCCAUAAGCCAUUUUACUAAGCUAAGCUAAGCUAACUGCUCAUUGACUGUAAAGGAGAGCUUCCAUCACAUUUUCUACAUCAUGUACUUCUGACAAUUGAUUAAGAUAUGUUUUCAAAAAUAAAUGUAUCUGUAUGAAAAUGUUUUAUUUUUCCACUAUAUUAUGUUUUUGUGCAAAAUGCACUUUUGACAGUUUAGAAGACGAGAAAAUGUGCUAGUUAUGGCGCCCAUCAACAUGUGCAGAGUUGAUUUAGCUGUGUAUUAAUGUAACAGAACAAUAAACUAAAGAUUAUGAUGAAAA